AUGGGAAUCGCAACUGGGCUCUUCAGCCCGACCGAUCCGCGAAUGCCUAGGAUGAUGCUGCCGGCUGACCAACUUCCGGCGAAUUUCUUUGAGCGACCCCAGGAUUAUCAGAAGUUCCUCUUUGUUGCAAAAAUGGUCGAUUGGGCUUCUACUGCACAAUUGCUCGCGGAAAGCUUGAGCGACAUUUGGGACUUGCUGGUGAUAUUGACACCGAGACGGAGGGUUUGCUGCUUUCAAAUAACAUUGACACAAAGGGAGUUCUCACCGCUCGCACUCUCAAGUCUUCCAAUUACUGAAUCAAGUCAAUGGCACAUUGAGGAGAAAGAGUUCAAGUACCGUGUCGAUUUGCGAGAUGAGUUGAUUUUCACGAUAGACCCUGUGACGGCCCGAGAUCUCGAUGAUGCUCUACACAUAAAGCCUUGCGCUGACAUUGACGGAAAAGGAACGCAUGGAUGGGAGAUUGGCGUACACAUCGCAGAUGUGACUCACUUCUUGCUCGAAAAUAGUGAACUGGACAACUGGGCUCGUGAAAGAGCGACAUCAACUUACUUGGUGCACAAAGUGAUCCCAAUGCUUCCGCGAUUACUAUGUGAAGAGCUAUGCUCGUUGAACUCUGGUGUGGAUCGGUUGUGCUUCUCGGUGGUCUGGAAAAUGAGUGAGGAAGGAGAGAUUUUUGACGAGAAGUUUACCCGAACGAUCAUCAGAAGUCGCUGCAAGUUGGCUUAUGAGCACGCGCAAGAGAUGCUCGAGAAUCCGGACAAGGAAUUCGCCCCAGACGAACUACCACCAAUCUCUGAUGGAUGCACUUCAACGGAAAUCUCUACAAAGGUCCAACUUUUUUGUGGAAUAUGGCAAAGAAGAUUAGGACAAAGCGGCAAGAUAACGGAGCUCUGCGCCUUGAUCAACCAAAGU